AUGGCAAUGACAAUAUAUGAAGGCAACUACUUUAGUAAUGAGGAUCAAGAUAAUCAAAAUAAUCCCACACAAAUGGAGGAUCAACAACAGAUUGCUCAAGUUCACUCACUCUUGCGCCUUAUGAAGAUCUCUAAUGAAUUUGUCGCGAUAAAAGAUUCAAUGGAGAUGUCUCCUCUGCCCGGAAAUAACGUUGAGUUUCAGCAUGAUUAUAAUGUCGAAUUAAGUUCACAGGUUGAUGAAUUUAGCCAAGGAAUGAAAGCAACUGAUCUUCUAAUGUCUCUUUCUUUGUCCGCGGACACUACCAAGCAUAAAAUCGAGGAGUUGGCUGAGAAAGCAAUGGAUGAAGUAACAAAAAUGUUCGUGGAAGGAGAUCCCUUAUGGCAACAUGAUUUGGAUAAAGGAAUGGAGAGACUUUGGUCAUUUGUGUUUUCUGAAAUGCUCUCAAGGGCUACUGUCCUAGGAAGUAUAUCACCCGGAACACCAGAAACCUUUGAUGGAGCCCUGCAAUUGAUGUCAGCUGAGUACCAUGCUCCCUCUCCUCUUCUUGUAACAAGGCAGAGUUGCUUUGCAAGAUACUGCAAAGAGUUGUCCUCCAACACGUGGGCAAUCGUCGACAUUUCAUUAGAAAGUUUGAUAGACAAUCCACUUAUGAACUGCAAAAGAAGACCUUCAGGCUGCUUAAUUCAAGGCUUACCUGAUGGAAAUACUCAGGUGACUUGGAUUGAGCAUACAGAAGCCGAAAUUGCGUCAGUUCAUCCAUUAUUCAAGUCACUAGUCAGCUCAGGAAUUGUUUUUAGUGCAAAGCAAUGGGUUGAUACAUUAUCGCGACAAUGUCAGCACCUUGACAUGUUAAUACAAUAUAGUCUUAAUACUCUAAUUAAAGAGGUAAGUCCAUUUCGAGUGGAGAGGUUGCUGAGGCUAGCAGAGAGGAUGAGAAGAGGAUUCUACGGUGCUACUAGUGCUACCGAAGGGAAUGGUUACAAGCCUAUAUCGAUUAAAGGAGGAGACGACAUUUUAAUCAAGACGUUAAAUAGUGAUGAUCAAAGCCCUGCCUUAUUGACUGUGACUACAUCCUCCUGGUUUCCCUUCUCUGCUAAGAAAGUAUUUAGCUUCUUGGGCAAUGACAAAAACCGAACCAAGUGGGAUGCGAGGAAGUAUUCCAUGUCCACAGUGGUCAAGGUCCAGAAGACAUUGUUUCCAUUACCAAAAUGGUGGAUGAUUCGCGAUAUACUUUCUAACAAGGAUCCUAGUCAAGCAGAGGAGGAUGCAGGAAGCAUAGUGACUGUUUCGUUUCAGCUUUUAGAUAAAUCAUCAAGGGCACAAAAUGUCCCUAAAAGAUCUAUACGUAAGUUGUAUAAUCUUGUAAAUGGUGCACUUUCUUCUAUCAGGGCUGCAUUAUUUGAGGCCCCUGCUAGUGUAGAAGGAUCCUUGUUGUUAAUUAAAAAUCAUUGA